AUGGGAUAUUGGUUGGUUUGGUGUCUGUGCCUUUGGGCCACUCGGCCCUUCCUGGUCUCUGCUGUGUGUCCUCCGGAGCCGGGCUGGAGGCUGCCGUGUGGCCUGGCCACUAUCAACAGCACUGAGUGCAUCAAGCAGGGCUGCUGCUUUCAGUCCCCGAGUCUCAGUGGGCAAUCCUGUUUCUACAACCUGAGAGACAGCCCAGAUGGCAGCUACAGCUGGUGGUACAAGGACAGUGACUACCCCAUUCAGAGAAUCCUUCAGGAGUCGGUGUUUAUUGAGGUUCGUGUGAAGGAUCGCACUGACCCAAUGAUAGUCCUGAGAUUGCGUGACUGCUGGGCAACUCCUGUGCCAGCCCCUGACCAUGAGGUGCAGUGGAGUCUCCUGGUGAAUGGGUGUCCCUAUGAAGGUGAUGACUAUCUGACCCUCCUACACCCAGUAGGUGUCUCUUCUGGCCUGCAGUUUCCAACCCAUCACAAGCGGUUUGAAGUGAAGACGUUUGUUUUCUUGGAUGGAGUGUCUGAGCAGCCCCUCUCUGGACAGGUUUACUUGCACUGCAGUGCUGAGGUUUGCUCUCUCUCUGCUCAGGAUGACUGUACACCCAUGUGUGGUCCAAGGCAGCGCAGGAGUACCCAUGACCAUGAGGGGACAGUGGUGAGUGCACCUGGCCCAAUCCUCCUGGGAGGGAGCAGCUACAUUGCAAAGAAACAACUUGAAGCAAAUGGUGAGUGA